AUGUCCAUCCGCUCACUCGCUUUCGGAGGCUUCCUCCUCCUCGCCUCCCCGGUUCUCGGCCGCACCGAUCUCACGGGCUGCACUCACUACGAAACCGUCGUGAAGCCCUCAGGCAUGGCUGCGUACGCUUCGCGCGUCUGGUAUGUCCCCGACACGUACGAGCUCUGCGAGGUCCUCGACUGCGGCGGCGGCCGCGCUCCGCCCAAGACCACCGUUCCCGGUUGCCCUCAGUACAAAGGUAGCGAGUCGUACCAGCCUAAGUUCAUCGACCCGGCGUCCAUCAAGCCGGACACCGUGCAGGCGAGCGUGACCUCGGCGGCGCAGGCGGCGUCCUCGGCGGCGGCAGCGUCCUCGGCCUCGGCGGCGGCCUCCCCGUCGUCGUCGUCGGCCCAGCCGUCGUCGACCUCGUCGUCGAGCGAGACGACGAGCGCCAGCACCACCGCCAGCAUCACCACCAGCACCACCGCCAGCGCCAGCAUCACCGCCAGCGCCACCACCUCGGGCAGCGCGAGCAGCUCGGGCUCGGCUUUGCCGUCGGGCUCGGGCGUCCGGACCAACGGUACGAGCUCCUUGACGGCGGCCGGCGUCGCCGUCGACGGUGCCAGCGCCGUUAUGGGUUCCCUCUUCGCCGCUGCCCUGGCCGUCGGCCUUGGCUUGCUGUAG